CGCUCCGUUUAUGCCAGUUAAGAAAACCAUGAUUUUGACGCCUAUGCCAGAUACAGAAAAUGGUUUCCAACGGUACAAGGCUAAAUAUAAUUUAAUCCAAAAAAACUUGGAAAAAUACGAAUACAAUGGUUUUCAAUCGUUCUACGAUGAAAAUAAUAUUGCUUCAGAUGACGAAUAUGUCAACAUUAUUCGAGCAGGAAUUAAUAGACCACGAGUUUUUCCAAAACGUAAACCAUGUGAAAAGUGGAAUAAUCCAUUUAAUCCCUUCAUAUUCAACGUUGUUAGAUCCAACACUGAUUUCCAAUUUAUAACUGAAGAAUAUUCUUGUGCAGCUUACGUGGUCGAAUAUGUUAACAAAACUAAUAGAGGUGUUAGCAAUUUACAAAGAAAAAUAAUUGAAAUAAUGGAUGAACAUCCUGAGUUUAAUUUAUUUGACAUUACUAAAAAUAUUAGCAUUAAUCUUUUGAACCACACUGAGAUGACGAGUCAAGAGGCUGCAUGGUACUUAUUGAGAGAACCAAUGUCAAAAAGUUCAACUGUUAUUGUCUAUAUACCAACCAUUUGGCCAGUCGAAAGGCAUAGAAUAAAGAAGACAAUGAAAGAAUUAAGUGAACUAGAAGAUGAUUCAACCGACAUAUGGAAGGAAAAUUAUUUCGACAAGUAUGAAAAGAGACCUGGAUUUAGCAGGUAUUCUCUUGCUCAGUUUGUUGCUAAAUAUUAUAAAAAUAACAAGGGUGACUAUGUACUCAGGGAAGAACCAAAAGUUAUACGAUAUCGCAAUUAUGAUAUGGGUACAGACUACAAUGAGUAUCGGAGAGAAAUGGUUACUUUGCACCUUCCAUUCCGUCAUGAAGAAUCGGAAAUUCUUGCAGAAUCGCGAUAUCUUCAGUUAUACGAAGAAAAUGAGGCACUUAUUCUAGAUCGAAGAAAAGAGCUCGAAUCAAAUCUUGACAUCGAAAAAACAUUGGAAAUCUGCAGGGAGUUAUGUCGUGAAAAUGUUUCCGAUGAUGAUGAGGAGAUAAACGACGUAGUUGAUUUAAAUGAUGAUUUACGCCUUGCGUUGUUUGAUAAGCUUGGAUCAAUUGCUAAAAAGAAAGAUAAUAUCUUACCUUAUCCAGAAUUUUAUGGGCUAUGCGCAAAGCAAACGAGGGAACAGCGAGAAAUUUUGUUUCACACUAUGCAUCAUUUAAUAUCAAACAACGAGCCAAUGCAACAACCAUUGUUGAUAUAUUUGACUGGGCCAGCUGGUAGUGGUAAAACGUUUGCUAUUGCCACUCACAUCGAAAAAGCUCAUCAAUACAGAGCGCUAUUUGAGUUCAUUAAGGUUAUUAUCAUUGACGAAGUAAGCAUGGUUUCAGCAGAAUUAUUAGAACAAAUUAAUGAACGUUUGAAGCAAAUCACUGGCUUGUUCACAAAAGCUUUUGGUGGAUUGGACGUGAUCCUUAUCGGAGAUUUGCGCCAAUUACCUCCUGUAAAAGCUACCACCGAUCUUUAA